GGAAAGCAGGACUUCAGGCAGACCUGGAGAAGCAGGCUCACCUCUCCCGCAGGAAAAUAACUGAACUUUGGAGCAUGGGGGUCGUGCUGGAAGGAGGAUGCAAGGAAGAGAGUGGUGGGCAUCAUCUUGCUCUUUAAUGUGCUACAAGAUGAUACCACGAGAAAAUAGAAGACAUUUUUGAAAACCCAUCAGAAAAUGUUGGAAGCUCUUCAUUAGCUCAGAUUGAUAAUUUCCUCUGUCUAUUGGGGGUCAAUGUAUCUGGAAAUAACUACACAGGACAUACCCUGUGUAACCUGCCCUCUCUAAAGGGGGAGGGGAAAUCACAGAAGACCCCAUCCAUGGGAGCUUGUAUCUCUUCUGGGAAGGUGGACGUCAGGAAGCAGCCGGCAGCCCAUAGUGGCGAUUGGCCAAGCAGAAAAAGCACAGCUCUGCCCUUGGAUACUCUCCAACUGCUUCCUUCGUUGGCUGUCCCCAGAACAGUCUGGCUGAAGAAGGCUGACGUUCCUCCUGUCUCCCUCUAAUUUCUGGAAUCAAAGAAGGGCUCAGGGAGGACUCGCUUUCAGUCUGGGAAUCAGCCUGUCUUUCCGUUUGCCUGCUCUUACUUCAGAACGCUCCAAGGCUUUAUAUGGUCCUUGAGGACAUCUAGAGAGAAAUAAAUAUUUGCACGGGGCAUCUCUUUUCAUCAUGCACGUUCUUCUGCGAUAUUUCCUCCUCUCUGUGCUUCUAAGAACAGGUGCUACUUUUCAGUGUGGAACCUGUCAGAAAGAUGGAGCUUCAACCUGCACAUCCUCACUACAGCCCUGUAACGCAGGUGAACAUUCCUGCCUGAGUAGGCUGAAUAUAGACAUCACAGGUGACAAAAAGCAUACCAGGAUAGAGAUGGGUUGUGCACCCCCUUCUCUCUGCAACGCUCAGCUUAUUCGUCUGGCUUUGGGGAAAGGAGUUUACAUGACAAAAGUGUCAAGUUGUUGCAACACUGAUAGUUGUACGCCUCCCGCUCCCUCAGAGCCUUCAUUAAACACCACUUACAAUGGGAAAUACUGUCCAGUCUGCUUCUCAGAGACAGACCCCUGCUCCGAUAAAGCUGUUCUGAGCUGUACUGGACCUGCAACAUAUUGUUUUGAUUUUACCAUUCUUAAUGCUACUACACAUAAAGAGAGACACAUAAAAGGAUGUGCCACAAAAACUGUCUGUAAUACUCUAAAAGAAUACAAAGGACCACUUAUAGGACCAUCAGAAAUCCAUAAUGUAAUCUGCCAAGAAGCUAAGAGCAACAGCAGUUGUUUAUCCCUCGAAUUCUUCCUCCUGGGUCUUCUGCUGAUGAAGACUUUCCUCUUUAGUGCCUAUUGAAGAACCGUGUCGGACUGUUUGCAGAGGGUCAAAUUGAGUUCUCCACUCAAUUUCCCCAGUUUGGCCAUUUGAAGCUAUUUUGUUUUUCUUUUUACCUGAAGAAAUCAAAGGCUUGUGAGAUUGAAACUGAAAUGAGAUCUGGCAUUGCUUUACUGAUCCAUUGAUGAAGUUGGACAUCAGGGCUGCAAUAAAUGUUGAUGUGAAACUCACAUUGGUUAAUCUUUGAAAGUCCCAAAUGGCAUGGAAGAUAUUUUAUCCUGGAUCCCUUGUUUGAUUGACUCCCUGGCUUGACAAAUCUUUAGAUUGUGUGUCUGUUCAGCAGUCUACCUGGCGUCUCAAUAUGGUGGAGGUUUGAGAUAUGAGCUGAAGCUUCAUUUCAAGGACGAAGGUCCCAUUGUCACAGCGAUCUAGCUAGACGCACUACUGUGACAGUUUCACCUCUUAUCCAUAGUCAACCAAGUCUUUUGUUCAGAGCCUUUGGAGGAGGAGAAGCAGAAGCCACCAGCUUUUGGGUGCCAUGCUGCAUCUUCUGCUAGAACCAAGAAAAUCCUUUGAUUUCUCAGUCAGCUACUGACUUUGGCUUCAGCUGCUUUGCUUCCAUUGAAGAUGCAAACUUCCUGCCUCAUCAGCCCAGACAAGUCUUUGAAAAGUCAAAUAUAUAAGAAAUAAAAUACAUAUGCUGUU